CAUUUUGAUUUUUGUCAAUGAAAAACCGCGCUUUGGUCUCGUCGUCAGCAAGUAAUUUUAAAUUGUGUGAAAUUAAUAAAAAACCUAAGCAGUUUUUCAGAACAUUUAACGACAUUAUCGUCGUUUAUAGUAUCUUUAUUUGUAAGACUAAACUAAGCAGUUACCAAAAUGUUUUGGGGUCUUAUAACGGAACCCAAUAAGCGGUACACCCAAGUUGUGGAAAAACCAUUCCACAUCUCGCAGGCGGCCAUGGACAUAUCCACCGGAGACAAUGACCCCUGCCAAGUCAUGGUCGUAGUGGAAGGCAAGAACUACCUUGUCUGCACACUACAGAAGAAUAAAUGCAUCCAGGUGCCUCUGGAUUUGUACUUCAAAACAGGAGACUCUGUUUCAUUCUUGACAAAUGGCAAGUGCAAUGUUCAUUUGACGGGCUACCUGGAUCCCGAGUUUGAGGAUGAGCCUUCUGAAGAGGAAGACUCAGCUGAGGAAGAAGAGGAGGAAGAGGAAGAAUCUCCUCCAGCCAAGAAUAAGAGGAAACUGGACAACAGCAAUGAGGUCUCCGCCAGCAAAAAAGCCAAGAAGGCUCUGAAGAAGGCUGAAGACAGUUCAGAUGACUCAGAUGAGGAUGGUGAGGAUCAGCUACAAAAGUUCUUGGACGGUGAGGACAUUGAUACCGACGAAAAUGACGACUCUUUCAAAGUCAACACCUCCUUAGAAGAAGACAGUGAUGAGGAAUCUGAUGUGGAAGAGGAAGCGGAAGACGAGGAGGAAGACGAAGAUGAUGAUGACUCAGAUAAAGCCGAUACGAGUAUGGACACAAGCAAGGAGGAGACCGUUGAUAUGUCCAAGUUGACCAAGUCACAGAAGAAACGGCUAAAGAAGAAGCAGAAGGAGCAACAGAAACAACAACAGCAGCCUCAGACAAAUGGAAUAGCCAAGAAAGAAAAGCCAGCUGACAAGGCAGAGAAGAAAAAAGAAAAGAAACAAGAACAGAAGAAAGAUGUGGAAGGCGGUGACAAAAAGGAAAAAAAAUCAUUGAGUGGUGGAGUCUUCAUCGAGGACUUGAAAGUUGGCGCAGGUCCUGCGGCGAAGCCUGGCAAAACUGUCAUGGUAUACUACGAAGGUAGAUUGAAACAGAACAACAAGAUGUUCGACAACUGCCUCAAGGGGCCAGGAUUCAAGUUCAAGCUGGGAGCCAAGGAGGUCAUCUCGGGGUGGGACAUCGGAGUAGCCGGCAUGAAGGUCGGAGGCAAGAGGAAAAUCAUCUGUCCACCUGCUAUGGCAUAUGGUGCUAAGGGCUCGCCCCCAGUAAUUCCCCCGAACUCGACGCUAGUCUUCGAAGUUGAGCUGAAGAAUGUUAAAUAAGUUUGUCUGUUUGUUUCGGGAGUGUUUGUGUUGGACUUGUUAUGAGAUGGAAUGUUGCCAUAAGUCAGAAUGAUAUUGUUAGGUAUGUUACAACUUGGCAAAAAGGAUAUGACGCGGUGUUGCCAGGAUAAUAUUUUUUAUUUUAUCAUCAUGGAAAUUAUAUUUGUUUUAAAUUAAAGUCCAAGAAGUAAUAAUAAUUCAUAACAUUAAAAGGGGUGAACAAUAAAAGUAAAAAAUCCUGCUAUCACGGUGUCAUACUCUUUUUUGCAAAGCUGUACACAGUAACUUUGAAUCGACGUGAAAAAUUAUUUUUUGAGUCCUAUUUUGUCGAUUUUUAGCUACAUAUAAGCACUAAGUGUAAGUUCAAUUUCGUUUAUACUGACGCAUCUUUCAUUUUGACGUAAAUACUGUUAUUUUUAUAUUGUAAUUUUUCUCUUUUAAUUUUUUAAUGUAACUUUUAAUUUUUUAAUCAGGCCAAUAUACAUUACAGAGCAAUUUCAUGUGCUUUGCGUAUAGUGAAAAGAAUUCUGCACUGGUCAGUUGAUUAUUAUUUUCACCUUGUAAAGGUUAUCUCGGUGCUCUUUUUACUAGACGCGAUGAUACAUACACUGUUUCGCCUAUUUUUUACGCUCUUGUAAUAUUCAAGUGACAUUAUAGGUAACGCAUAACUUAAAGAUACUCGCCAAAAGGGCAGUCGGCCAUCGGCGCAUGUGUAUAAUUUCUACCAAUCAUGUCACCGUUUGAUCACGAUCUAACCAUAACGACCCUUCAGAUUUACUGAUCGACCAAUACAGAGGCAGUUGCAUACCUACAAAGAGACCUGAAUAACAAACACAGGCCUUCCCCUUCCGUUUUUGCCCUGCUAUCUUAAGUUCUGCGUUGCAUAUACUAAUAGUAGGAGUAGUCGGUAUUUUCAAUGUCAUUCUCAAAUACAAUAUAGUCGCAUUAAGAUUUAAUACACCUAUUUGUUCCACUAAAUAUCUGGAUACAUUUCAUGCAAAUUAUUGAUAAAUAAACUUUAAUUAUAAA